AUGAUUUUAGAUAUUGAUACUGUCCAGAAUAAGACAUUUUUGGAGAUUAUUGAGCGUUGCCCAACGACAAAAUAUCAAUCCUUCUCCGAAGAUGCUGGAUAUAUCAAUGAAAUUAAUGAUUACCCGCUAUCUCCAAUUCCGCCAGCCACAAUACGUCAAAUCAAGGCACAAAUCGAGCAGGGUAUUAAAUUUCAUAUCCCAUACUAUGAUCUCAAUAUCGAAUUUUCGCCUCCUCAAGAAUUAAUUCAAAAUAUUCUAUCUCAACCAACCGUAACAGAAAGAAUACGAUCAUAUCAUUCAUCUUACCUAGUGCAUUAUUUAAUGACAUGGAUAAUUCAUUGCAAAGUUGAGAAAAAAUUCGAAAAUUUCAAGCAAUUAAUCCCGAUUUUCUAUUUUAACUAUUCAAGCGAUUAUACAGCAAUAUAUUUAAAUACAUUUUUCGUUUAUAUUAAGCUUUUAACCGAACCUAACAUUCCUGCGAAAGAAUUCGAUGAUUUAUAUUCUUUAAUUUCGGAUAUUUUCCUAGAAUAUUCUUCAUUACCAGGAUACGCUUUAAAGUUACUACCAGAUAUCCUCAAAUCUUCGAUUGGAAUUGUUGAAAACGAAUUUCCUCCCGAGGCUAUUAAAUUUACUACUUUAAUCACUAUUUUAUUACAGAAAUUCUCGAAAGAUUUCGAUCCAUCUAUCAUAUCGGAGAUUUACGAGACAGUUUAUCCAUAUUUAUCUCAACUCGAUUUUGUUGUUUUAUCAUUCUUCGGCGACAUUGUACAGUAUCUUGAGAGAAAAAUAUCGAUAAACUUCAUAUCCAGUCUUGCUCUUCUGUUCUGGGCCAAGAUUUGCGAUAAUGAUCCAUACGUUCCUGUUCCAACAAAAUCUGAAAUUCAAAUACCAUAUGAGACAGGAGAAUUUUCUAUUCCAAACGAGUUAGAUUGGAACAAACCCGUAUUUGAGUUCCCAUCUGCCGAUAAAAGUCGACUUAGCCCCCCUUACAUGUCAAAUUAUAUUCCUAUCUUAGAAAAAAUCACAGGGAGCGAACAAGACUACUACACAGCUGUUGUCGGUAACUUAAUUGCAUUGAUUUCGAAGAAUUCUGAUAAUGUUCGCGUUUGGGAUUUAAUUUUUAUUUUCAUAAGAUAUUUAUUAAUCGUUUACGACCACUCAGAGCAAUUCCCCGACCCACUAUUCUUUAUUUUCAAGUCGUUUGUCUUCUCCUCCGACUACAACGCGUUAGAUCCGAAACCUGGAUAUGAAAAUAUCUCUCUUUGCAGGACAUUUCUUGUCAGACUGUUAUUAAACACAGAUUCAUCAGCUUUCCAAACAGUUCUGAACUCUUUUCUUGAGAAUAUCCCGAUUUUGACUGAAUUAUUCGAAAGAUUUAUUUUAGAAAUCAAACAAAUCCGAAUUCUCAUGUCAAAAGACAAAAAACUCUUCUUGUAUUUCGCAACAAUUUCUAAUACAAUAUUCAAACUCAAAUCAGAUCUUCCAAAAAUUGCUUUUCUUCGCUUUAUCAAUGAAUUAUUCAAAGAAACAUUGAUGAUUAGGUUUGCUUUCGCUUAUUCCGAGUUUUCCACGUUCUUUGUCAACUUAUUGAACCAUAAAUCAACAAGAGACAAUGUCUUCCAGAUCGUCAAACAUUAUGUUUCAAAACAAACUUCAAUUGAAUUCAUUACAAGUUUGAGAACGUUUUUUUCCAAAAAGUGUCAAGAAUUUCCUGACAAUUUCAGUUACAGUAUUGUUAAAGAUUUCAUAGAAUUUGUUAUUCAAGACCAAGCCAUUCUUAAGAACCUUUCUGCUUUCGUUGAUGUUGUUUUGCAAUAUUUCAUUUUAGGAUUGUCAAAAAAUGAAAAAAUGAUUUCGAUUGAUGACGUAAAUCGAUAUGUUGUAGAAAUAUCAAUGGUCAGUGAACCAUCAGAUGAACUUAUGUUAAUUUAUCAGCACAUGCUGGAGAAAUCUACAUUGGAUACUGUUCUUUUUGAAAAAUUACAGAAAUUGAUAUUCGACCAAAAAGAUCAAGAACAAAACAUUGUCAAAUAUCCUUUGAUUUUCAAAAUGCUUGUCAAUAUUUUUUAUCCUUUGUUUACGGAUGACGUCCUUGACUACAUUUCUUCGUUGUUAAACUAUUCCGACUUGAAUUGUGUCGCUGCACAUCGUGCUGACAUCAAUUUGUAUCUAACAGAAAAGUUGUUGGAUGAAAGAAAUGGAAAAUCUUUGGAUGAAAAAUUGGUCGAUAAAAUUUUGUCACUUUUAUAUAAAAUCGGUUGUGUGAUAUCAUCUCCAAUCAUUGUCAAUAAGUUCAUCUCAUUGUUCUGUGCAGAAAAUGGAGUUCUCUCUAAAUAUUACGAUAAAUAUUUGGCGGUUUUGUCAGAUUUUCUCAAAUCAAACUUAGAAAUUCCUGAAGAAAAAUUACCUUUAGAACCGAUGUUUGCAAUUGAAUUCAGAACAUAUGGAAACUUCAAUCCAAAUGAUGGAUUUACUUUCACUACAUGGAUUUAUUUGGAUAUUCCUUCUAUUACAAGAUUAUUUGAAAUUUUAGAAGAGAAAAAUUCUUUGUUUGCAAUUGUUGUGAAGCAAAACACUUUAGUUUACGAUGGUAACGUGAUAUUAGAUAAUUUACCGCUAAAGAAAUGGUUCUUCUUGGCUUUGACAUAUAAACAAAACCAAAUUGAAAUUUUCUUCGAUGGAAACAUUGAAAAAGUCGUUGAUGCGACGAUUAAUUUCCCUUCAAUUAAGAAUUUUGUUCUAAAAAUCGGCGGAUCUCAAUCCAAAUGCGGAGAUAUUGGCGCACAUGGCUUGUUUAACACAUUGAGCUUAAGCCAGAUCAAAUCCAUUUAUCAACUUGGUCCAAGAAACAAUUAUUCAACGGAAAUUACGAAUAUUUUUUACAAGAAUUCUACUGAUAUUUUAGAAUUAUGCUCACAGACAGCAAAAACUGUUUCUCAACUCAAUUUCGCAGAAACAAUCAUAAGAAUCUGCAAAUUGGAUGUUUUGUUGCCACUUUUCGCUCAACUUGACAUCAAAGAUAAUAACGGUUUUGUCAGUGACAGAUUACCAAUGGUUUUGAAUUUAGUUAAGAGUAUAAUUACUUCAAAUUCUGAGCAAGAGAUUGCCUUCCAUUAUAAUGAUGGUUUCCAAGUAAUUUCUCAUUUACUUUUGUCAUCAAAAUAUUCAGGAUUUAAUUUCGAAACUUAUUCUCAAUUUUAUAACGUAUUUUUAGAAUUAUCAUAUGAAGAUUUGAGAAUAGAUAUUUUGGAAUCAUUCCUUUUGAAUUUCGAGUUGUGGAUGUCAGGUGAUCCUUGUCACUUUUUAAAGAUCACUUCACAUUGGAAAUCCACAUUAUUCCCCAUUGCUGGACCAACGAUUAUUCAUUUCCUUUCAUGUUCUACUUUGUUGAAUUACAUGAGAAUCUACUGUUGGUAUUUACCAUUAGAAACUCAUCAAAUAAGAGGAGAUAUGGAAAGAAAAAGUGACAGAAAAAUCAUUACAUCAAUAAGACACAAUAUAAUGAACAUUAUUUCAGAAAACUACAUGGGUUCAUUAACUAUUAAUGACUUUAAGCUUUUAUUAAGUCAAUGCAUGAGUUGUAUAGAUCCAAACCAAGUUUAUGAUUUAUUACUUUUAUUGAACAAAUUUGCAACUUUGUCAUCAACUGCUAAGGAAUUCUUUGACACUCCUGCAAGUUUCUGCGGUUUGCAUUCUUUGUUAUUGAGUUCAGAUGAAUUUGUUUCAACUGCAACUUUGGAUAUGAUCAUGCAAAUCCACAAAAACAACUUAAUAACAAGUUGUUCAUUGACAGAACAUUUAGAACUAAUUUUCCAUAACUUGAAGAAAGGAUAUUUAACACAAGGAAUGCUAAUGAAGAUUUCUAUUAUUACUCAGCCGAGUGCUCCAGAACUUUUCAAUCUCUGCUGCUAUAUCGCGAAUAGAGUUGGUGCAGAAGAAAACAUGAGAAUGUUGUUGGAAAGAUUAGAACCUGAUCCUGAUUUCGCAAUUCCUAAAAAUUGGUGUGUUUGGGCUGUUGUUGCUGCAAUAAAUACAAAUGAAAUACUUAUGAAAAUGAUAUUCGAGUUCCUCGCUCUUUGUACUCCAUCACAAUGGCUGACAAUAUAUACAGUCAUUGAACACGUCUGCAGAGCAUUCCAGAAACAAAAUGAAGAUAUUAAAGCAAUUUUCUUGGAAACAAUUUUGAGUUUGUCACUUUUUGGAAGAGUGAAACUGAAACAAAAUGAUUUAGAGAUGUUGUAUAUGAUGGUUAGUACUUUCUUAUUCUUUAGAGACAGCCAGACACAUAAUCCUGUUUUAAUUGAACUUUUAAAGAAAGAAGGAAUCGAAGUUCCAAAGGUUACUCAAAUUUUGCCACAAAUGAGAGAUGUUUCCACUGUUUCUGGAUGGGAUUACUUCACAGAAAACGACUUAUGGCUCUACAAUAAAGAUAUCAAGAAAGAAGAUCAAGAAGUUGAUAUCGAGAAAAUUGUUUAUGACACAAAAGUACUAAGUUUACAAUUUUCAAUUGGAUUGAGAAUCUCAAUUGAUUGUGAUUGGAUUGAUCAUUCAAUUGCAAGCAAAUUACUUAGGAUACAGAUGCAAACCAAGCUUAUGAAUUUCAUGGAUUUCUGUUUCUUAGUUUGCGGAUUUUUAAUGAGAACUAAUCAUCCACAAAAAGAAUUUGUUGAAACAUUUAAAGAUGCAAAUUCCAUAUACAAAGAUUUCGCUUUCGGAAGACUUUGUUGCAUAGAAAUAAAGAAUUCUUUAUUCUAUCACGAAGUCUGUGACAACACAGCGAGACUUUUAGACGCAUUAAGAAUGAAUGCCGCAGAAAGUUACAAGAAAGGAUUAGAAAUAUUUAAGAUGAAACCACAAGAUUUGGAAGAUUUUUCAAGUAACUCAUUGAUGGAGACACAAGAAGCAAUCAAAGAAGAAAUGGAAAAUGGUGCAAAAGAAUGGAGAAUAAAAUGGUCACACAUGACAAUAGAAAAUGCACCUUGGGACACGAAAUCGAAGUCAAACGUUGUAAAACAUUACAAACAAAGCUUUAUUUUGUGCACAAACAAUACACAAGUUGUUCUAAAAAGGAACAAACACUUCGAUUUGCACAAGAUUGCAAGCGAAUUAAGAGAUUCGGGUGCUGUUUUCGAAAAUCUACCAAAACAGAAACCAAAAGUCAGAAUUUUACAUCCAUUAGAUAUUGUUGAAUACGAAAAAACAGAACAUAAAGAGAACAAUUCGCAGUUCUACGUAAUAUUUAGCACAGAAUGCGAAUUAGUUACUGUAAAAGGAGAUAAAACAGGUAAUUUCGAGUUACUUGAAGAUUUGUUGAGAAUUAGAAUCGAAAACAAAUCAUCAAUAUUAAUCAAAAUAUCUGAUAUCGAGAAAAUCCUUUUGAGAAGAAAAAUUCACAGACCAACGGCCAUUGAAAUUUUCACUUACAACGGACAAACGUUUUUUGUAAACUUCACAAAUUUCACAGGUCUUGUAAUUCUUAAAGAACUGAAGAGGCACUAUCCAUCAUUAGGAAACAAAGUACAAUCCACUGACAAUUUCAUGGAGUUCUUCAAAGGCUUCGAUUUCAGUGAAAAAUGGGCGAAUGGAGAAAUUUCCAAUUUCGAGUAUUUGAUGUUACUUAAUAUUUACAGUGGUCGUUCUUAUAAUGAUAGCUCACAAUAUCCUUUCUUACCAUGGGUUAUCAAAGAUUAUACAUCAGAAAAAAUUGAUAUUUCUGAUUCCAAAUAUUACAGAGAUUUGAAGAAACCAAUUGGAGCAAUUGGCAAAGACAGACUUAAUGAUUUAAAGAGUCGUGUCAAGGAUUUGCUUCAAUUUGGAAUUAGUCCGUUCUUGUAUUCGUCAUAUUACACAUCUCCUCUUUCUUUAUAUUUGUAUUUGAUGAGAAUGGAACCUUUCACAACAUUACACAUCGAAAUACAAAGUGGAAGAUUUGAUAACGCAGCAAGAUUGUUCUUGAGUGUUUCCGGAGCAUUUAAAUCUGUUAUCACUCAAAUGAAUGAUUACAGAGAAUUGAUUCCUGAAUUCUAUUGCAUGCCUGAGUUUCUGAUGAAUUUGGAUCAAUUCGAUCUCGGAAAAACAGAUGGACAAAGAGUUAACGAUGUAAUUCUUCCUCCAUGGUCAAAGAACGCGAUGGAUUUCGUCUACAAAAUGAGAAAAUUCCUUGAAAGUGAUGUUGUUUCCUCAACAUUGAAUGACUGGAUUGAUUUGGUCUGGGGAUACAAACAAAGAGGAGAAAAUGCUGAGAAAUGUGACAACGUUUUCAAACAAGAAAUGUAUGACACAAUUUGGUCGAAAGAACAACAACAAAAGAGUGAAACAAUGCCAAUGAGAAUUAAUGAAAUUGAAUCAAUGAUUAACUUAGUUGGACAAAUUCCUCCUCAGCUGUUUAAUGAACCUCAUUUGAAGCGAGUAACAAAUAAGAGAAAUGUUUCUUGCUUAGCAAGAUUCAUACAGAAGAAUUUAGUUCUUUAUCCAGCAAGUUUUUCAUCAAUUGAAGAAAUCGAAAGAGGAAAGAUUUCUUUGGAUGUUUUGGCCGCAAAUAUGAUUACAAAAGUUAAUAUUUUAAUAACAGAUAAUGCAGAACCACAAUUCGAAUUCAUCCCUAAUUCUGCAAAAGGUUUCAUUCCUUUGGAUAUCUGCGAAGUUGUUAAUCUCGGCGGAAAAUUACAUUGCGGAAUUGGAAAUUCUAAUUACGAUGUCAUUGCGUUUUUAAUUAACACAGGUGCUUGCGAAAUCAUGCCAAGACCAAGGCAAUUGGUUUCCUCAAUAUCUGCUUCAGGAGGAUUCCUCGCAAUUGCAAGUGAAGACGCGAGAAUUCAUAUAUACAAGAGAAAUAAUUUGAAGACGGAAGUUGCAUCAAUUCCUUCAUAUAGAAGCAGCAUCAAAUCUGUUUGUAUUUCCACAGAUUUCCAUACAGUUAUUUGUGGAACAUCAGACAAUGCUCUCCUCUUUACUUCUUUGGCAACUUAUGAGACUUACAGAGUUGUCGAAAUUGAUAUUUCUCCUCGCCACAUCAUUGUAACAAGUGGCUGGGGAUUUGUUGUUGUUUAUGGAGAUCUAAUCAAUGACGGAAUUCGACAACAUUUCAUUGAUGCUUAUAAUAUAAAUGGCCAGCAAAUCCGCCAUUUCUCGGUUGAUUUCGAUGUUGUCUGCUGGUCUUCUUUUAAGAGUCCAAGGGGCUUCGAUUUCAUAGUUGCAGGAACAAGCGAUGGAAGAGUUUUUAUUUUCGAAGCAUAUUUCGGAAGAAUUGGAUUCCCUGUAAUUGAUGCAGGCGAAGAAGCAAUAUGCGUUCAAUAUCUUCCUCAAUCUAAUGUUGUUAUAUGUAUAACUAGAAAUAAGAUAACAAUUGCUCCUUAUAUUAUAGAAGAAAACAAACUUGACUAA